UGCUCAUUUUUGGGGACAGGUUCGCGACGCGGGGAGCAGAUUAAAGUCCACUCUCCAGAAGCAUGGAUAAUCCUCUCAUCCCAAAAUGUCCCCGCAAAUCCCAACCGCCACCUAAAAACAGUGCACAGUGUGAUGGUAUAUAAGACGAUUCAGCGCCACUGCAAUCAUAACCCAACCAGAGAGGCCAUUGUGCACACCUUGGUACUGUGGAUUUGAUACCAUGCUGUUCUAUUUGCUGCUCACGCUCACGGUGCAUCAGGCGGCCGCGGCUGACGAGCCGAUGGACCUAACGAGGGUCUCCAGAGGAGCGCUGUAUAUCCGCCUGCCCGCACCAUAUUCCAGCAACAUGAGCCAGUGCCACGACACACAGACCAACAAGUACUACAACGAGGGUGACCUGUGGUCUUCUGCCUACUCGGACUGCAAGCUCAACACGUGCGUCAACAUCAACGGCGUCCUACACGUCGAACGAUACUCGUGUCCGGUGAUCACAAAGAACGUGGAUUUCGACAUGAUGAGGCGGGAGAACUACUUCUGCCACCACGCCUGGGGCAACCGGAACAAGGCGUUUCCCUUCUGCUGUCCCAGUCUCGCCUGCAGACACUAUGUGAAGGGAAGGAUGAUGCCGCUGCCCAAGCACAUGUAUCCCUACAAGAAGAUCGAAAGCUAGAUCCAAAGCAUCUGAAUGAGGCCUAUCGAUGCGUCAUUUUCAACCCGCUUCCUGCAAAGCCAAAGUAAAAGUGUUGUAAAAUAGAAGUUGAAUGUAUAAAGCAACACGCGAUGUGUAUGAGUGAGAGUUAUGAUGUGACAUGCGUUUAGCUGACAUAAAUGUUAUGCUCCGAAAAUUGAUUUUCUUGCCUCAGUAUAAGUGAGGCUUUGAAUGAAGGUCUACUCUGUAGUUGGUAAACAGAUACAUGUGAAUAUGCAUACGAUCACGCGCCAUUCUGGAUGCAUUUAAAUAAAUAAAAAU